AUGGCAGAAGCUUCUCUUGCCUUUCCAGCAAUUUGCCUGACCCUCUCAUUCCUCUUCGUCGUUGCCGUCUAUAAUGCUUCGGUUGUGCAACACCUCGGUGCCUUCCAUCGUCGUGUCAUCCUCCCCGCGUACCAACACAUUGCGCGCAAGCUCUUCAACCGUAAUCCUGGCAACCAAAACCUACCAAACCGCAUGCCCGAGGCAGGCUACGAGCCAAUCAACUUCGAUGCCAAAGAUGAAGAAGAACAACACCCCCCACCUCUCACGACUUCAUCCAUGGCAUCACCUGACUAUCAUGGAUACGGCGAAAGCCCUUCUCGCGACACAGUCAAUAUGUUCCCAGAAAGCGGUAACGAAACUGAAAUCGACGGUCACGGCUUAACCACAUCAUAUGCUGGAGGCCCAUACCGUCCGCGACGCCGGCCCACCUUCGCGGAUAUCGGCGAGCUCCCCACCCACAGCCCAUCCCCAAGUCCUCCUGAACCUGCAGUGUCCUCCGACGAGUAUGACUCUGACUGGUCCAACUCCGCUGUUGACGAGGCGGUCUUCGAGCCACGGAACCCAAUCGAUGAUAUCCCCAUCUGGGAAUUCGAAGUCGAGCGUCCUAUUUAUACUAUUGACCACCAGGAACAAAGUGGACCAGUGGCUUGGUUGGAUGAAGUUGUUGAGUGGACAUCGCAGGGCGUUUUUGCCUUUGUUGCUCCCGAUAUCCUUGAACAACGGGGGUGA